GACCCGGCGCAUAAUAAAAAGAAAAGUUUAAUAGUCAAGAAUGCCAACUUAUAAAUUUUAAUAUAUACAAGUGGAGGGUAAAGUUGUAAAUUCACAAGCAAAUAUUCUUCCAUUUUGGCUCAUCCGAUUGGUUAAAACGCAACUACUCCAAUCCAACGGUUAUCCCCAUCGCCGCCGUCGCUCCUCCGCCCUACAAACCUCCGACGCCAUGGCACCGUUAACCGUCAGUCGCCUAUGAGAUCACCAACUCUGCACCGACUCACCACCACUUUCAACCGAUCUCAUCUCAAUUCAAUUCAACUUUCUCUCAGAUCUGAUUCAACUUUCAACAUCACCAUGGCUGAUUCAGGUUCUAAUAAUAAAAUCAAGUCAGAUGACGGUUCGAGCGCUGUCAAGGACGCAACGGAGCCUAAAAAGCCGCCGGAGAUCCCUCCGCCGCCGGAGAAACCGUUGCCGGGAGACUGUUGUGGCAGCGGUUGUGUUCGGUGCGUUUGGGACGUGUAUUACGACGAGCUUGAAGAGUAUAAUAAGAUUUGUAAAGGAGGAUCUGAUUCUACAGCUGGAUCUAAGGGUUUUUGAAUCAAGUGUUGGUCUGUAACAUGGAAGAAAGCAUGGCAUCACUCAGAAACAGAUUCUAGAACACAAUGACAGGUAUGCAACAUAUAUAAAACUAUUGUUCUAUGUCUUUU